ACCAAAUGUCGGUACCGCGCACUGCGGACAACGAUGCGCCCACGCAAUACAAAUUCAUUAAAGGAAAGGAAUUAAUCACUCUUUCAAAACGGAGCAGUAGUCUGAGUUCACAGAGAUUUUAGAGGGAGAGAGAGAGAGAGAGAGAGAGAGAGAGAGAGAGAGAGAGAGAGAGAGACGGUUAUACGAAGAUCGAUCAAUGGAGGGCGGAGCAGCGGAAUCGUCGCAGACUCGGAUAAUGGUGGGAGUGAACGAGUCGACGAUAAAGGGAUACCCUCAUGCUUCCAUUAGCAGCAAAGGAGCUUUCGAAUGGACUCUCAGUAAGAUCGUUCGCGCCAACACCUCCGCCUUCACUCUCCUCUUCCUCCACGUCCAAGUCCCCGACCAAGACGGUUUUGACGAUAUGGAUAGUAUAUAUGCGUCUCCUGAUGAUUUUAAGAAGUUGAACCACCGGAACAAGAUAAGAGGACUCCAUUUGCUUGAGUACUUUGUCAACAGAUGUCAUGAGAUUGGGGUUCCUUGUGAAGCAUGGAUCAAGAAAGGUGAUCCAAAGGAAGUAAUCUGCCAUGAGGUCAACCGAGUCCAGCCUGAUUUGCUGGUUGUGGGAAGCAGGGGUCUUGGCCCUUUCCAAAGGGUUUUUGUAGGCACUGUGAGUGAAUUUUGCGCGAAGCAUGCUGAGUGCCCUGUCAUCACGAUCAAGCGCAAGGUUGAUGAGGCUCCUCAGGACCCAAUCGAUGACUAAUUGUACUGGAUGUGCUUUGAUACAUUUAGUUCUUCCAAUAGAACUGGAACGUUUGCCUGUAAAUAAAUUACAUAUGAACUUCUUCCCUUUUUGUUCUUCAAUGUCUCUCUGUGGCUUUGACCAUAGUAAACUCAGUUUCCAUCAUUUUGUGCACCAGGUUUGGAGGUACAUUUGGAGUUUGUUUUCGCACUGAAAAAAAAGGAAAAAUAUAGUAGUUGAUUUUGCAUUCGUUA